AUGGAUAGAGAUAAUGGUGAGGCGAAUGUUAAUACUGGAAACUAUUUGGCAGCGAGAGCACAUAAUUGUGUAAACCAUGGCGGUGAGAUGAAUUUUGUCAUAACACAUGAAUUUGAGUGGCCCACCCUCACAUUCCAAUGGUUUCCAGCUUACAACGAACUGGAAGGUGAGAACAACUCAGUCCAAAAGGUCAUUUUGGGAAACCAUGAUGAAGAAUAUGAUCGCAAUUACCUAAUGAUAGCCGAGGUCCAAAUUCCUUAUAGGAAUCUGGAUUCCGACUACUCAAGCAACACUAAGUGUCCUAGAAACAAUGAUAUGGAUGAUGAUAUUGAGUUUAAUAUUAUCAAGAUGAUCAAUCACGAUGGCAAUGUUAACAUUGCUCGUUAUAUGCCUAAAAAAGAUUCAAUUAUUGCAACUAAAACAAAUGGUCCUCAGGUUUAUAUAUUUGAUACAGAGAAACAACCUUCUAGAACUUCUGAUGAUCGUGCUCGCCCUGAAUUAAGUUUGCUCGGUCAUAAAACUGAUGGUUAUGGCUUGUCUUGGAGCAAUUUCAAUAGCGGUCACUUGCUUAGUGGUGAUUAUGAUGGUAAUAUUUGUAUUUGGGAUGUUAAUGCCACUCACAACAAUCUUACUCUCGAACCCUUGCGAGUUUUCAAGGUUAAUGAAGGUGAUAUAAAGGACAUAGCAUGGAAUUCAAAGAAUGCAAAUUUAUUUGGAUCUGUUGGCAAAAAGAACUUUCACUUAUGGGAUAUUAGAGCUCCAAUAGUGAACAAUCCAGUUCAAUACUGUAAUGCUCAUUCAGAAACAGUUAAUUGUUUAUCUUUUAAUCCCUUCAAAGAAUGGAACAUUGUUACAGGUUCUAAUGACCAAACAAUAAAAUUAUGGGAUACAAGAAAGAUAGGUAAAAGCAAUGAUAUGUAUGAAUGUGUUCACACCUUUAAACAAGUGGAUGGAUGUGUUUUUCAGGUUGAUUGGAAUCCAAAUAAUGAAGCAAUGUUUGCUUCUGGAUGUCAUCUAGGGAAAGUGAUUGUUUGGGAUAUUAGUAAGAUUGAUGAUAAUCAAAAUGACAUGGAUGUUGAAGAAGGCCCAGCAAUGGUUUAUGUUCAUCAUGGUCAUUUAGGUGAAAUAAGCGAUCUUUCUUGGAAUCCUUGUGAAGAUAUGAUGAUUGCUAGCGUCGAAGCUGGAAAUUCAAUUCAGUUAUGGAAGAUAUAUUAA